CCAGCGAGCCUGGAAAUGAUCGCAUAAACAGAGCAAGAACUCCCGCCAUGGGAUCCCGUCUUCUGGACAUUCCUGGUCUCGACUGGCGACUGCAAUUGAUCUCCUGACGCAGACGAAACAGAGCACUAUGAAGCCCAGUGGUGUUCUUACCGCGAGCCUGGUGCUGACGCUUUGCAGCUCCACGCUGGCGAAAGGCAUUGACGAAUUCACCUUUAGCUGUGAGACAUUGACUAUCCAACGAUCCGACCCGAUUAUGUUCCCCGGCAAAUCUGCUAGACACGUCCACAUAGUUGCGGGAGGAACCGCAUUUCAGCAGACGAUGGAAUUCGACACGGCCACGAAGGCGAACGAGACGACAUGCGGCGUGGUAAUCGACAAGAGCAAUUAUUGGGUCCCGCAACUUUAUCACCGCGCGAAAAAUGGAGCAUUCGAGUUGAUGGAGAAUAACGGGAAUGUGGUUUACUAUCUGGACAGAGCAUGCAAUUACACCGAAGGCGCGACUUCCUGUGGCGGAAGUGAUGGCGCCAUAGCGCCUCCAGCCGGGCUCCGCGUCGUUGCUGGUGAUACCAAUCGUCGGACCUAUGAUGACGCCGACUUUGCCCAACGGGCGGUCACUCACAUGUGCAUUGGAGAAGACGGAUCGUCGUCGGAGACCAAUAAUAUGCCGAACAAGCCAUGUGCCAAGUUGAGGUCGCAGGUGUUCUUGCCUUCCUGCUGGGAUGGUCAAAAUAUCGAUAGCGAAGACCACAAGAGCCACAUGGCAUAUCCCGCAUCCGGAGACUAUAACGGCGGCGUGUGUCCCAAGUCCCAUCCCGUGGCGAUCCUCUCCAUAUUUUUGGAAUUCUUUUUCAACACACACCCAUUCCCAGACCACAAAAAUUGGGUAUACAGCAAUGGCGAUGCAACCGGCUACGGUCUGCAUGGGGACUAUAUCAACGGCUGGGAGGACCAAGUGGCCCUCGAAAACGCCAUGAAAACCUGCACAGGUCCACAACUGCUGGACGACCCGAAGUGCUCAAUCACAAAGCAUCAGAAAAGACCACUCACACCCGUUAAGCAUGCACUGGAGAUCUCCACCUCUGAAGAGGAGAUAGGGCAGAAUGGCCGGGUUUUGCAGUUGCCAGGUCAUAAUCUGGCCAAACCGUAGGAAAGUGGCUUAACUAAGCCCUGCAAAUAGUCCACACAAUAUCAAAUUAUGAUAGUGAUAGAAACUCUUGGUCAUGACAGUCCCGAGAAUGUGUUUUGUCGGAGGACGGG